AUGUCUCAAGUUUCAGAAGAAAUGAAUAUUGCAAAGUUGAAACAAAAUGUGCGUGACCACCUGGAGAAGGUAUUCUUGGAGCAGGAUAAAGCCUUAGCCAAAUCUGAAGUUCAAAAGAAUGAUAAUAAGAAAAAGCUUGAGCAUAUUGAGGCACAGAAGAAAGAGCUCAUGAAAAAGCUUGAGCAGAGUGAAGCCAAGAAGAAUGAACUACAGGAAAAGCAUGCGCAAAGUGAAGCCCAGAAGAAGGAGCUUCAGAAAAAGCAUGAGCAGAGUGAAGCCCAGAAGAGGGAGCUUCAGAAAAAGCAUGAGCAGAGCGAGGCUCAGAAGAAAGAGCUUCAGAAAAAGCAUGAGCAGGGCGAGGCUCAGAAGAAAGAGCUUCAGAAAAAGCAUGAGCAGAGCGAGGCUCAGAAGAAAGAGCUUCAGAAAAAGUUUGAGCAGAGUGAAUCGCACAAUAAAGAUCUUCAGAAAAAGCUUGAUCACAGUGAAGCUCAGAAGAAAGAGCUUCAGAAAAAGCUUGAGCAAAUUGAAGCACAAAAUAACGGGCUUCAAUUUCGUAAGCAGCGUGAGAUACAACUAAUGAAACAAAUGUAUGGGGAAACUGUCUUAGAGAAAAGGAUGACUGAUGAAAAGAUGAUAGAGAAAAAGAAAGAAAAUGAGAAACUUCAUAGGAAAAUAAUUGAAUUGGAAAAGUUGUGUGAUCAAGACAAGGAUCAAGCUGAGGUUAAGGAUGUCAAGCAGGGAAAAACAGAUGAGGAUGAUGAGGAUGAGGAUGAGGACCGAGAGCAGGAUCAGGAUGAGGUUAAAGAUGAUGAGGAUGAUGAGGAUGAGGAUGAGGACCAAGAGCAGGAUCAGGAUGAGGUUAACGAUGAUGACGGGAAUGAGAAGAUGAAGGAAAUUCGAAAAAAGUUAAAGGAGACGGAAGAGGAGUUGGAAUAUGCUGAAGCUCAUAACCAUAAACUUAUUGCAAAGGAGUCUGAAUUAGAGGAGGCUCGUAAGGAGUUAAUCUAUGGAUGGGAUUCAGCAAGUCGUGCUUUUAUUGGCGUGAAGAGAAUGGGAGAGCUUGAAAGCAAACCAUUUCAAACUGCAUGCAAGAGAAGAUAUCCUAUGGAUGAAGCAGAUGACCAGGCAGCGGCACUAUGUUCUCUGUGGGAGAGUUAUCUUAGGGAUUCUUGCUGGAAACCAUUCAAAAGUACAAGGGUAGCCUUUCGUCAACAACCGAAGAUAACUAUUGAUGAGGGAGAUGAAAAACUGAAAAAAUUAAAGGACGAGUUUGGUGAUGAAGUCUACAAUGCUGCGACAACUGCCUUGCUGGAAUCGAAAGAGUAUAAUAGUCACCAUUGGAGGGAGGAGAGCAUCAUUAAAAGAGGGUGUCUCGUAUUUACUGAAGCAGUUGAAACUGCAGAAAAGGAGAAGAUCAAGCUGAAGGCAUUGUGGAAAGAAGGUGGAGUGCUUAAAGAGCUUUGGUUACUGUCAAGAGUCAACUGGCUGCUUCUUAAUUUUUAUAUCUGCGCUUCUUCUUCUAAACCUCACCCAUCUAGCAAGCAACCAAUGACCUAA